AUGGAUUCUCCAUUCAAAUCUCAAUUGGUCAAGUAUCCAUAUUUAGGGAUCGAAACUCGUGGUUCUUACAAUGGCUUGAUUUUGCUGAGUAUCCUUAAAGAUAUGCACGCGUCUGUAGCUGAUUUGGAGGAGAGCCUUUGUCUUUGUAACCCAUCUACCAAAGAAUUCAAGGAAAUAUCAAUUCUAAAUGUCAAGCAUGGACCAGCUUACAAUAUGAAAUUAAUCCGUAAAAAAGCCGCAGUCAUAUACGGGCUUGGUCAUAAUUGCAAUACCGAUAAUUACAAGAUUGUGAAAGUUGUUCCAGUCUCUGCUAUGACUCCUUUACCAGUUUGUUAUGGUUCUGAAGUUCAGGUAUAUACAUUAGGAUUGGAUUCGUGGAAAACCUUACCCGACAUCAUUCCCUAUAAGCUAGAUGCUGGUUAUCAUAAAGCUGCAACAGUUAUUAACGGAGCCCCUCAGUGGAUAGCAUGCCGAGAUCCAGUCAAUUCUGAUUUUAGUGGAAAUUCUAAAUGUAUUGUUUCUUUUGAUAGUGGAGGCGAUAAUUUCAGGGAGGUUCCAAUUAGUACACAAAUUGUUGAAGAGUUUAAUCAUCAUGAAAGUCAUAAUAGGGUCAAGACGUUGGGUGUUUUAGGAGGAUGCCUUUGUUUAAUAGUAUAUGAUCAUUAUCAUACUUAUGAAGUUUGGGUGAUGAAUGAUUGCAAAACGAGAGAAUCCUGGAAUAAAUUGUAUGUUGGGCAGAUCCCAGUUAAAGAUUUAAUGGAUGCUCACGGUCAUGUAGAUUAUUACAAUAGUAAGUUUGUAUGGGAAUUCAAGAAUGAUGAAGUUUUAUUCGCUGUUAAGAGAAAAUAUUUGUACUAUACUAAUUUGGUUACAUAUGACCUGGUACCGGUUCCCGAAAAAUCUAAAGUCUCCAAGAUCCGUGACUUUUUGGGACAAAAUUGCAGUGUGGAAACUUACUUGGUGAGUUUAGUAUCGCUUAACCCUAGGAUUUAUGAAAGGGAGCAAGAACAUCCUAAUACUCAGGCACAGGCAUUAAGCAAGAUAUCACUGAAAGGCAGAGAAGAAUCUAUCUGCUAG